CAGCAUCGAGAACACGCCAGCGCUUCAUUUGUCAAAACCUCAUUGAAGAAAAGAAACCACCUCAUCCAUUACCACCUUCCUUCGUCGAGGACCAGUUAAGGGACAUUGCAUCAUUUUUCGGAGUGAGGGCGACGUUCCUGAUCCGGAAAACUACCCGUAGCAUCCCCUAGAAUUGAAGCAAAAGGUAAAAGCUUUUGUCUACGUGACGUAACGUUCUUCAUAGUUUGUACUUGACCUUGUACGAAUAGCAUCACGCCGAAGUUCGUGCUAGGACUAAUUUAUCGACACUUAAUGGUCAACAUGGAGGAGGGAGGUGGAGACAAACUUGCCCGCAAAGCACGUGAAUCGCCCUUCAUGCCCAUUGGAUUGGCCGGGCUGGCCGUGGUAUGUGCUAUCGGCGCAUAUAAGUACAAGAACCGCGGCGAAAUGUCCACCUCAGUGUUUCUGAUGCAGCUCCGAGUAGCAGCCCAAGGAACCGUAGUUGGAGCCCUAUCCAUCGGUCUGGCAUAUACGAUGUUCAAUACGUACGUGCUAGGGAAGAAGGAUAAUUAGACGCUACCUUAGGAUGAUUGUACCGAAACCUAUAACUUCUAAACGGGGUAGUACUAUAAGGGUGCUAAAUGAGCUGAUUAGGAUUAAGUCUAUGAUAGCUUGUGAAUAAGUAUUAAUUUUCCUGGAAAAGUUCAUAUAUUUAUUUGCCAAUGAAGCACAAAUGACGACGACCUCGAUGAUCCGAACACCAGUGACCAUUAAUAUGCUUCAACCCCACUGAGUUUAUACAUAUUUCCAAAAACUAUAGCAUAUAUUGAAUCUGCAUACUCAUUGUGACCUACUGAUAUAUUCGAGGAGUGAUAUGGAAAAUUCAUACAAAAAAAAAAUCCAACAAGUGUAAAUAACCGGUAGAUCAUGGAAAAACAUAAAAGUGCGAACAGCUAAGCUUUAUGAGACCCGUGCUAAUAAAUGAAUGCAACCAACUUAUAGUAACGUAUCAGUUCAGGAGGAAUCAUCAUGAUUCAGCAAAAUUUAAAAAACAGGUUGCUGCAGGUGGCUAAUUAAAUGCUGAAGAAGGAAACCAAAAUCGCGUUCGAGGAGAGAAAUGUUAAACUCCACUACUCUCGCAUUGUUAUACCUUUAAUUGAAGCGUCUAGGAAAUUUUGAAUGUCUGAAAUAAUCUGUGUACCUAAAUAAACAGAUUUAAAAUGUUAUAA